AUGGAGAAUACAUUGAUAAAUGAACAACAACCUUCUCCUGAUAUUCUUUUUCAAGCAAUAACACGACGUUCUACAGAUGAACAAAUGGAUAAUGAAAAUUUCGAAGUUCUUGGUGAUUCUUUUCUUAAAUUAGCAGUUUCAAUGUCAUUAUAUUAUCGUCAUCCUUCGGCCGAUUCUGGUUUAUUGACAGCAACAAGAAGUAAACAAAUUUCAAAUGAAAAUCUUUAUCGAUUAGCAAUGCAGAGACAUCUUAAAAAUUAUUUAAAUGUUAAUAGAGUUAUUUUUCGAGGUAAAGAUGCUAAUUGGUUACCACCUGGAUAUGUAAUCGAUGAGGCUAAUUUAACAUUAAAACAACGAUAUUAUCAACAAAAUGCAAAAAAGAAAGCUUUCAGUGAUAUGAUAGAAGCAUUUAUUGGUGCUUUUCUUAUUUCAAGUAAUUAUACAACGACAAUUAAAUUUAUACAUUGGCUGGGUAUUGAUGUUGUUCCAGUCAAUGAACAAGCAUAUCUUAUUGCCGCAUUUACUCAUACAUCAAAUUCUGCUAAUCGUAUAGCAGAUUGUUAUGAACGAUUAGAGUUUCUUGGUGACGCUAUACUUGAAUUUUUAGUCACGCGUCAUAUUUUCGUCAAUUAUAAUAAAAUUAUAACACCUGGUCGAGUGACAGACAUUCGUCAAGAUCUAUUGAACAAUGAUCGACUUGCCUAUAUUUUAGUUGCUUGCAGUUUUCAUACAAAGAUUCUUCAUAAUUCACCUGAAUUAUUUGAUGAGAUUUCUUCGUAUGUUGGUAAUGAAGAUUUCUUUCCAAAAAAUCAAUCAACGGACCAAUAUUUAAAUAAAAAUCUUGAUCGAUGGGCUGAUUCAACAGCGCCCAAAGCUCUGGCUGACGUAUUCGAAGCACUUGUGGGUGCUAUCUUUAUUGACUCUGGUAAUUCUUUAGAAACCGUCUGGCAAGUAAUUGAACCUUUACUUCGAAAAUAUCUCGAUCGAUCGAUUAGUCAACCUAAUUUGAAUCCAAUAAGAUCAUUUUCAGAACAUGGUGGUAAAGUAAUCGAUUGUAGAGAGUCUACAGACAAGGAUGGUGAUAAACCAAUGGCAGUAUGUAUUGUUCAAAUGCUCGAUGGUGCUAAAGUCGAAGGACGCGGAUUAAGCAAGAAAAUAGCUAAAGCAAAUGCAUGUCGAGAAGCAAUGAAACAUCAACACCACAAUGAAUACCUAUAUCAAUCAACAGCAUAG